AUCUUCGUGGGGACUCUAGCCCGAACAAUCGUCGUGCUAACCUAGCAAGAUACGGAGCACCUUAGCUGGCGGUACCAGAAAGUCAGGCGGGUUUCAAGUACAUACACCUACUGUACACAAGGUACCUAGGUGCUGUCAAGACGCCACUACAAGUUGCCGCACAGUCGUUCUUCAAAGCAUAAGUUGGCCAGGCCCGGCCGGCCAAUCAGCAUCGACGAUGGCACCUCGUGCCUCCCGUAAUGAACCUGAGCACGCGACUGAACUUGCCUCCUCGCCUUUUACAGGUAAGAGCCCUCCUUCCCAUAACAGCCCAUCCGAGUCCUACCUAUUCCUCACCUUGGGUCGUCGCAUUACCCGCGCCGCACCCGCACGAAUGUCUGAGCUCCUCUACCGUCACUUCUCCACAAGGUGACUCUGCUGCCGCUGCGUCGGAAUGGCCCUUGUGUUGUUCUCCUGACCCGGCUCUCAUAUUCUCUUCAAUCUCAUUUCAUCUCAUCUCACGUCUUCCGAGACGCCGACACGAUGGGUUCUUCGUCGCUGUAACCCUUUUCACUGCGAAAUCGGGGGCCAAUAACAUACCCGGUACAUACGGGAUAUCGGAGCGUCUAGGUUGGUUGGUCUUCGGCCCUCAACACGGCCAGCAGCAAGCCCGUGGCAGGUACGGUCUUGUGUGUUACAGAGCUCCCACAAAGGAACUAUCAACCGCCCCAGAGCGAGCCCUACUGGUUGGUCGUGGCCAUCGUUCCCCUCACCGUCGGCGGCAGCGGCGUCUCUUUGAUAAGGCAGUCGGCUAGUCCGGCCUGCCGUCGGGCUUGACAUCAGGCUUG